UUUGGAGAGAGAGAGAGAGAACGAGACUUGAGUUGUUCUUGUUGUGAUGAGGAUUCAUGUUCUCCUGUGAAAGAAAAAAACCUUACCCGUUCCUCUAAAACCCUCCUCGUCCUUCAUCUCCGGUACACAAGUCGCUGAGAAGGAUGAAGCUUAGGCUCUGUAGCGGCUUAACCAAACCGGGGCUCUUACUAGUCCACUUCAUGCCACCAUCGUUUCACUCACUCCCUUACGGACACGGGGGGCUAGGCCUUAACGUCCGUUGCGCCAUCGCAAGUCGGAGACUUUCUUCAAACUCACCCAAAAGAGAAAGGCUUCGUCGCGACAACAAAGACAUAGGGAAGAAGAGAGACUCUCCCUCUUCUCAGUCCCUCUACGCUCGUCCUAGUUUACUAGAAAUGAACAAGGAGAAAGCUGCCAACCGCGCAAGAGUCUACGACUUCCUGCGCGGCGUCGGAAUCGUCCCCGACGAGCUCGACGGCCUCGAGCUCCCCGUGACAUCCGACGUGAUGAAGGAGCGUGUAGACUUCCUCCACAAGCUGGGACUCACGGUCGAAGACAUCAACAACUACCCUCUAGUCCUCGGCUGUAGCGUGAAGAAGAACAUGGUUCCCGUGCUAGACUAUUUAGGGAAGCUAGGCGUGAGGAAGUCGACGUUCACAGAGUUCCUCAGACGCUACCCUCAGGUUCUGCACGCUAGCGUCGUGAUUGACCUCGCUCCGGUUGUUAAGUACCUCCAAGGGCUUGACAUCAAACCCGUCGACGUGCCUAGAGUGCUCGAGAGGUAUCCUGAGGUGUUGGGGUUUAAGCUCGAAGGUACUAUGAGCACGUCGGUCGCUUAUUUAAUUGGUAUAGGUGUGGCGAGGAGGGAGAUCGGUGGGAUUCUCACUCGUUACCCCGAGGUUUUGGGGAUGCGUGUAGCGAGAGUGAUCAAGCCUCUCGUUGAGUAUCUCGAGGGUGUUGGUAUCCCUAAGCUGGCGAUAGCGAGGCUGAUCGAGAAGCGGCCUCACAUUCUCGGCUUCGAGUUGGACGACGCGGUGAAACGCAACGUCCAGACGUUGCGAGAUUUCAACGUCAGAGAAGUUUACCUUCCUUCUGUGAUCGCGCAGUACCCCGAGAUCAUGGGGAUAGAUCUUAAACCGAAGCUCGAGGCGCAGAGGGAGCUGCUUUCUUCGGUUAUCGAUCUAAACCCUGAGGAUCUCGGGACUUUAGUCGAGAGGAUGCCGCAGUUCGUUAGUUUAAGCGAGGCGCCUAUGGUUAAGCACGUUGGUUUCCUUAAGGAGUGUGGAUUCUCGGUGGAGCAGACGAGGGAGAUGGUGAUUGGGUGUCCUCAGGUUCUGGCCUUGAACAUUGGGAUAAUGAAGCUUAGCUUCGAGUACUUUAGGAAGGAGAUGAGGAGGCCUCUUCAGGAUCUUGUGGACUUCCCUGCGUUCUUUACCUAUGGGCUUGAGUCGACGGUGAAGCCGAGGCACAAGAGGAUAGUCAAGAAGGGGAUUAAGUGUUCGUUGGCUUGGAUGCUGAACUGUUCAGAGGAGAAGUUUGAGCAGAGGAUGAGUUAUGAUACUAUUGAUAUUGAGGAAGUUGAGUCCGGUCCAGCUUCUUUUGAUAUGAGUACGUUGAUGCAGCCUGAAAGAGAGGAGGAGGAGGAGGAGGAAUCUGAGUACGAGGAGGAGGAAGAUGAUGAUGAGGACGAGGAGUUUGGAACAAAAAGGUCGAAUGGGAGAUUCAGACAAUGAAAUGGAAGUAAAAAGGUUUGUGUCUUGAUGGAUGAUCAGUUCGAACGGAACAGAUUCUUUGUUGAUUUAGAAUCUCUUAUCGUUGUAACGACUCUUUUUGUUCAUGUUGAUAACAGAACAAUGUUCUAUUAUUCAGACAAUGAAUUCAAGUAAAAGUUUGUUUCUUAA